AUGGUCACCAGCCGCCCAGAUUCUGAUAUAGAUUAUAUCCUCCUGGGCUUUGGCAUUGCCACCGCAAUACCCUUCACCAUAGCGAAUGGCGUGCUGUUUGUCCAUCGCCAGCGCUCCUACUUUCAUGCCCAGGGUGGGGUUUACUUCAUACUCGCCAGCUCCCUGGCUGGGCUGGCUUGGAUAGCAACGGUGUUUGUUAACAAUGAGCACUUCAGCAGAGUCGGGCCAUUGCAGAGUUGCAAGCUGUGGCUGUUUUGGCUGCAAGGAUUCAGCUUCGGCUUCUGGUUCAUGCUCACUGCCUUUCGGCUCCGCCGCAUGUACGAGCUCAGCCACAACAUCAAGAGAUGGCGGUGGGAGUACUACGCUUUUGCGGCCAUCUCUCUCCUUCCGGUGGUGGGCAUGUCAACCGCUGCCAUCUUCAGUAACUUCAAUGUGGAGCAUGGAGGCAAACACUACUGCAGAAUCAACAGGAACUGGCAGAUCGUCAGAUUGUCGGCCUACCUUCCAUAUUGGCUCUUCGCCGCCGCUGUCAUGUGGAGGUUGCAACGCCAGCAGGAUCCAUUGCUGGCUGCCGAGUACAUGGACACCUUCGACUAUCUGGCCUUGGUCAUCGCCAUCGCCGUGAUAUACGUCUUCUCGUAUCUGACGAGCGUGAGCCGUAUUGUUUCUGGCAGAUGCCUCUUGACCGUCUCGCAGGUCUGCCUCGUCUUCUUCCCCUUUUGGACGCGAUUCGCGUGGCCCGUCUAUCUGUGCCUCUUGCGGCCCAAGGAAGAGAUGGACGCGUUCGAGCAGCAGCUGAGCAGCGCCGGUGCGCGAGCCUUGCUCAUAUCUCAAAGCCAGAGAGUCCACUUCCCUUCGUCCGAGGGAGCUGUGUGGGAGGCAUUCGCAGAAGCGAACGAGGAGCUGGAGAAGUACAAGCAUGAGAUCCAGAAGCUCCAAGCCCAGAAGCUGCGUCUCCAGGAGAAGAUCCGUGAUCUACGAGACCAGGCAAAGCAACAGGUGAUAAAGAAGUAAUAAUCCCGCUUUGAGAAA